UCCGCGCGCGUACCGUCGGCAACGCGGCAGCGCCGGAGCGCGCCGUCUCCCGAUUGGCUGUCAGGACUCUCGGGUUAUCUCGCGCUCUUUUGCUGGACCAAUGGGGAUAUCCGCAGUCGAGAGGACGGCAUCGCUGGAGUGGUGGCUCAGCUGUUUCCUCUGGAUAUACAUCAAAUAUUGAGAAGAAAGAACAUCGAGAGCUAAAUGUUCUGUUUAAACCAGUAGUUGCUGCUCAGAAAAAUUAAGAUGCAGACCCAAAGUCAGUGGUUUAUACGUUCUUCAUUCAAGAGCAUUGUAUUAAAGGAGAGAGUAAGCUGUGUUGAUCAGUGACUUUGGUGAAGGCUGAGAAAGUUGAAGAAAAUUUGCAGAUGAUACACAACUUCUAAGCAUUCCACAUUGGAAGAAGAUAUUUCUAUAGUUGAAAAAAAUGCCUUUGUUUAGUAAAUCGCACAAAAGUCCAGCAGAAAUCGUGAAAAUUCUGAAAGACAACAUGGCCGUUUUGGAAAAGCAAGACAAAAAGACAGAUAAGGCUUCAGAAGAAGUGUCGAAAUCACUGCAAGCAAUGAAAGAAAUUCUGUGUGGGACAAGUGACAAGGAACCUCCAACAGAAGCUGUGGCUCAGCUAGCACAAGAACUCUACAAUAGUGGGCUGCUGGUGACACUGAUAGCCGACCUACAACUGAUAGACUUUGAGGGAAAAAAAGAUGUGACCCAGAUAUUUAACAACAUCCUGAGACGACAGAUAGGCGCUCGGAGUCCUACUGUGGAGUACAUUAGUGCUCAUCCGCAUAUCCUGUUUAUGCUCCUCAAAGGAUAUGAAACCCCACAGAUCGCCUUACGUUGUGGGAUUAUGCUGAGAGAAUGUAUUCGACAUGAACCGCUUGCCAAAAUCAUCCUCUUUUCUAAUCAAUUCAGAGAUUUCUUUAAGUAUGUGGAGUUGUCAACAUUUGAUAUUGCUUCAGACGCCUUUGCUACUUUUAAGGAUUUACUGACCAGACAUAAAGUGUUGGUAGCAGACUUCUUAGAACAAAAUUAUGACACUAUUUUUGAAGACUAUGAGAAAUUGCUCCAGUCUGAGAAUUAUGUGACUAAGAGACAAUCUUUAAAGCUGCUAGGUGAACUGAUCCUGGACCGGCACAACUUUGCCAUCAUGACCAAGUACAUCAGCAAGCCAGAGAACCUCAAACUGAUGAUGAACCUCCUCCGGGAUAAAAGUCCCAACAUCCAGUUUGAAGCCUUUCAUGUCUUUAAGGUGUUUGUGGCCAGUCCUCACAAAGCACAGCCUAUUGUGGAGAUUCUACUAAAAAACCAACCCAAACUCAUCGAGUUUCUGAGUAGCUUCCAAAAAGAAAGGACGGACGAUGAGCAGUUCACCGAUGAGAAGAACUACUUGAUUAAACAGAUUCGAGACUUGAAGAAAACGGCGCCUUGA